AUGCCGUCGACGAUGCAAAGAAUCUCGACCCCGCCCCCGAGAAUUGCGUCUCCACGUCCUUCCAGCGCUCGGCCGGCAAGAAAGAAGAUCGCACCCGCUCACCCCGUGCUCCCAUCCGGGAUGCUGGCCGGUGGCGUUCCCCCAAUCAACGUGCUCAUCGUCGAGGAUAACCCUAUCAACCUGAAAUUGCUCGAAGCGUUUGUCAAACGUUUAAAGGUGCGCUGGAAGACUGCAAUGAAUGGCAGGGAUGCCGUCAAAAAGUGGAAGGGCGGAGGCUUUCAUCUCGUGCUCAUGGACAUCCAACUCCCCAUCAUGAAUGGACUCGAUGCCACGAAAGAAAUCAGACGACUCGAGCGCGUCAACUCGAUCGGUGUCUUCUCGUCGUCUGCUUCGGGCGUCUUCUCCGGAUCAGUGACGAGCGAGCCUGAGGGAACGGAGGGCGACAUUGAAGACAAGGAUCGUCUCGCCAACAUUGAGCUGUUCAAAAGCCCGGUCAUCAUUGUUGCGUUGACAGCCAGUUCCCUGCAGAGCGACAGACACGAGGCGUUGGCUGCCGGCUGCAACGAUUUCUUGACCAAGCCAGUCAACUUUGUGUGGCUAGAACGCAAGGUCAUGGAGUGGGGAUGCAUGCAAGCCCUCAUUGAUUUCGACGGAUGGAGGCAGUGGAAGGACUUUGCACAGGAUGCCGAGGAGAACGACGCCGCAAAGAAGGCGGCGGGCGCCAAGGCGAAAUCGAAGAAGAACCGAUUGUCAGUGACGACGGCAGCGGCAUAG